AUGAGCUAUGAGUUUAGGUCACAAGCCGACACUAAUUUGAAUGUCACGAAAACAUACUCAGGCUUCACUACUGAAAGGAAACCCUUCCAUUUGCCAUAUAUACAAACUGAAAUUCACCCAGUAGUAUCCAAACUUGCUGACUGCUCCAAAAGUUUCACACACAAAUCAGUUCCUACGGCAGUUGAAUGGACCGUUAGUGAAGUAGCCAACUGGAUUAGGGAUAUUGGUUUUCCACAGUAUACGGAAUGUUUCAGAGUCAACAAUAUUGAUGGUAAGCAACUGAUAAAAAUUGAAGCUUCAGCACUUCCUAAAAUGGGAAUCACUAAGUGGGAUGAUAUUAAAAUUUUGACCAAACAUAUUCGUGAACUCCUUAAUCUUGAAGAUCCAAAUUACAAACGGACAAUUAGGUUACCUCCUCGAAAUUCACUUGGCAUGUAUUUGGAGGCUAAAAGUUAUAUUGGGACGCCAUUAAGCUGCACUAGUUUUCCAGUGUUUGAGUAUGCAACUAGAGACUCUGUUUGGGAACCUCCUUUGGAAAAUCGUGGCCUUAUAUUUAGAUAUUGA